AUGGGUUCUGGAACCAAGGAAACACAUGGGGUAUCGGUUCUUCCAAGUAACGGCUUCAGGACCGGCUUCAUUGGACGAUGGCCUCUGCUGUACGUCCUGGUUCCCCAGGUCCUGUGCUGCGCCCCCUCCAACGUGGCGGUUGAUAACCUGGUGGAGCGGCUGGCCCGCUGUAAGGUGAAGGUCCUCAGGCUGGGCCACCCCGCCCGGCUGCUGGAGUCCAUCCAGAAACACUCUCUGGACGCCGUGCUGGCCAAGAGUGACAACACUAACAUCAUCUCUGAUAUCCGGAAGGACAUGGAUAAGGCUUUCAUGGGGAUGAAGAAGACGCGGAAUAAAGGUGAACGUUUUAGUUUCAAACGAGAGAUCGGGGAGCUGCGGAAAGAGCUCCGAUCCAGGGAAGCAACGGCCAUCGGUCAGGUCCUAAAAAGUGCAGACGUGGUGUUAUCAACCAACACAGGGGCCUCCAACGAUGGGCCCCUUAGACACCUGCCGCCCGGCCACUUUGACUGGGUGGUGAUAGACGAGUGUGCCCAGGCCCUCGAGAGCAGCUGCUGGAUCGCUCUGCUCAACGCACGCAAAUGCAUCCUGGCUGGGGACUACAAGCAGCUCCCCCCCACCAUCAAGUCCCAAACCGCUGCGUCGAAGGGCCUGGCAGUCAGUCUGAUGGAGAGACUGAUCCAGAAGUUUGGGGCCUCCGUGGUUCGCAUGCUGACGGUCCAGUACCGCAUGCACCACCUCAUCAUGGACUGGGCCUCCAGGGAGAUGUACCAGGGGCGUCUGACCGCACACAGCUCAGUGCAGGGCCACCUGCUGAAAGAUCUACCAGGAAUUGCAUGCGUCGAGGAGACCAGCACACCCCUGCUCCUCAUCGACACGGCGGGCUGUGGGCUGAGCGAGAUGGAGGUCACAGAAGAACAGUCCAAGGGCAACCAAGGGGAAGUGGACCUUGUUGAACUACACAUCAUAUGUUUGACGGAGGCUGGACUAAAACCUCAAGACAUCGCCGUCAUUGCUCCAUACAAUUUACAAGUGGAUCUUCUGCGCCAGAGGCUCUCUGGACGGUAUCCAGCCCUGGAGAUCAAGUCUGUGGACGGCUUUCAGGGCAGAGAGAAGGAGGCUGUGGUGUUAACACUAGUCAGGUCCAACCGAAAAGGUGAGGUUGGAUUCCUUGCUGAGGACAGAAGGAUCAACGUGGCGGUGACGCGCGCCCGGCGCCACCUGGCCGUGAUCUGCGACUCCCAGACGGUUCAGAGUCACGCCUUCCUCAAGUCCCUCAUCAGUCACAUGACGGACCACGGCGAGGUCCGCACCGCCUUCGAGUACCUCCAGGACAUCGUGCCGCUGAACUACACUCGCAGCCUGAACGACAGCAAGACCAAGUUCUCUGCUGCCUCGUCAACCAAGCAGAAGGUCAAACUUCAGGCUGCAGGCAAAGAGAACCAAAAGACCCAGACGAAGGCUGCUGGGGGCAGGGUCCCAGAAGACCCGGUGAACCAGAAGCGGCAGCCCACCAAGCCCCGCAUCUUAACCGCAGAAGAGGAGCUGAAGACGCAGACCCGGUCCGCCGAGAUUAGGGAGCAGGUGGAAACUUACCUAAGGGAUCCUUCUCAAGAAGAACUGCGAUUCCCACCGUCGCUCAACUCCCACGACCGCAUGCUGGUGCACCGGAUUUCCGAGGAGCUCGGGCUGGGACACGAGAGCAGAGGAGAGGGUAGAGACCGCUGCAUCACCGUCUCCAGACCUCCUCCUGGGUCCGGGCCGACGCGACCAGAACCAGAAGAAGAGGAGGAGGAGGAGGAGGAGGAGGAGGAGGAGGAGGAGGAGACGGUAUCGGAGCCACAAGCGGCCACCUCUUCUCAACAACCACCAGGGGAUCUUAAGAGUCUGCACCUGGAGAGGAUGAAGAGGGAGCAGCAGAGACGGGAGGAGGCAGCUCAGCAGAAGAGGCAGGUUCAGGCAGCGAUUGGGAAGCUCCCCACGGCCAAGAAGCCUGCGAAAGGAAAGAGCCGCACCAAAGCCGGGGUCUGUGACAUUGCCGCGGCCGCGGGCGCGGAGGAGGACUUCGACACUCUGAUAUCGGCGGUGCUGAAGGCGGAGAGUGUGUGCAGUCUGGUCAAGUGCAAGGCCUCCGUGCGGCUGCUCGGCCAGCUCUGCCCCUACUGCAACCGACAGUUCUGUCUGGGCCACCACGUACCAGAGGUUCAUGGCUGUGGGGACAAGGCCAAGGCCAACGCUCGCAUGAGGAUCAGCAGGGAAGGCGUUCUGUACGCUGGAAGUGGGAAAAAGGACACUUCUAUGGAUCCCAACAAGAAGGCCUAUCUGCAACGUAAGCUGGACUCAAAACUCAAGGACAUGGAAUCUAAAAGGAAACUCAAAAGCAAAGAGAAAAGUAAUUAGUUAUUCUAGUUUAAAAUGUCAUAAAGAUACAUGUGAGAUAAGAUUUACAAUAUAUAUGAUGGCAGCAGUGAACACAAUCUCUGACUUUGAACACACUAGCAAACAUUAACUGAAGACAUUAACUACAUUGCAAUAAAGCAGUGGUUCUGAAACGGGGGUACUCUGGAGGACUGCAGGGGGUACUAAUUUAAAUAAAUAAAUAAAUAAAUAAAAGCAAACUAUGUAUAUUUGUUUCACCCUGAGCAAGUUUUAAUUUGGAAAGCUAGACAAAAGAAAAUUUAGAAAAUGUGAUGGGAUGUGAUUGGUUGAAACAUAAUUCUGACAAUAAGUAGAAAGGAGAAUCUGUGAGAAAGAAAGCACAUCCAGAAUCAAUAAAAUGUUGUCGGUUUCGGGAGGAAUAUUUUUUUUCUACAUGCUCU